GGACGAUCUGAAUAAUCAUAAUGACAAUAGGUAUUGGAAGCGACUCCCCAACUUCCAAUCCCAUAAAGAAUAAAAUUCAUGAAAGGGCGAUUCAUGCAAAUUCGUCUUCUUACAACAUCACUCUUUUCGGAUUAAAUCAUAACUGCCCAUCAUGCCUCUAGCCAAGUCCAAAACUUCCGUCGGACUGGGCAACUCGCUCAUGAACGAUCGCUUUGGUAAAGGCAAAGGAUCUGAUCGCAAAAAGGGUUCGGCAGUCACAAGAAUCAACCACUCAACAGGAGAAGAGUAUAUCACGAACGAUAGAAAAGAGGCAGCAUGGGUCAAGAUGCGCUCCGUAACGGAGCAAGGCGCUUUAGACGAGUUUCUUGCGACCGCAGAGCUUGCCGGUACCGAUUUCACCGCCGAGAAGAUGAACAACGUCAAGAUCAUACAUACCGACCAAAGGAACCCGUACCUAUUAUCAGCGGCCGAGGAGCGCGGUGUGUUAGGGAAGCAUGCCAAACACAGAGCUAGGUUAACCGUGCCGAGGCGACCGAAGUGGGAUUCUUCAACUACUGCAGAUGAGCUCGACCAACUCGAAAGAGAGAGUUUCUUGAAUUGGCGAAGAGGCCUUGCUGAGUUGCAGGAGAGCAACGAUCUGCUAAUGACUCCAUUCGAGCGCAAUUUGGAGGUAUGGCGGCAACUAUGGCGUGUGAUUGAGAGAUCGGACCUGGUGGUUCAAAUUGUCGAUGCGCGCAACCCCCUGAUGUUCCGAUCUGAAGAUCUCGAAUCAUACGUCAAGGACGUGGACCCAGCGAAGAAGAACCUGUUACUAGUAAACAAAGCGGAUAUGAUGACGACGAAUCAGAGAAAGGCCUGGGCACAAUACUUCAAAGAAAAGCGAAUAGCAUACCGCUUCUUCUCGGCCAGUUUGGCAAAGCAAUUAAUCGAUGAGCGUGGUUUAGAGGAUGAACCAGAAGAGCCUUUGGUCGGCGAGAGUGCGAAUCCAAAAACUAUCCCGAGAUCCAAGUCGGAUAGUGCAUCAGAAGACGAAAGCGAUGACGAUGAAGAAGACUCUGGCGUGCCCUUAGAUCAGAAUCUUGAUGACGAUACGAGAAUAUUGACGGUUGAGGAGUUGGAAGAUAUAUUCCUUAAACAUGCAUAUGACCCUGAUGACCCAGACAAAAAGUUACAAAUUGGGUUGGUCGGUUAUCCCAAUGUCGGAAAGUCGUCCACAAUCAACGCCCUCAUCGGCGCCAAGAAAGUUUCUGUUUCUGCUACACCCGGUAAAACGAAGCAUUUCCAAACUAUCCACUUAAGCGACAAGGUCAUCUUGUGCGAUUGUCCCGGUCUUGUGUUCCCCAAUUUCGCAACCACAAAAGCAGAUCUCGUAUGCAACGGCGUCUUACCGAUUGAUCAGCUCCGGGAAUACACGGGCCCUGCAGCUCUAGUUGCGCACAGAAUUCCUCAACCAUUCUUAGAAGCUGUAUAUGGUAUCCACAUCAAGACACGACCACUGGAAGAAGGUGGCACAGGAAUCCCCACAGCAAGUGAGCUCUUGGCAGCAUAUGCCAAAGCUCGAGGCUUUAAGACCCAGGGCGUGGGACAGCCAGACGAAUCACGAGCCGCCAGAGUUAUACUCAAGGACUACGUGAACGGCAAGCUUCUAUACGUCGAGCCCCCACCUAAUGGGGGUGACGGCGCGGAUUUUAAUCGUGAGCUUUACGACGCAGAACAUGUGCCAGAAAAGCGCAGAGCAGCCCUGCUUGCAGCUAUGGAUGCGUUAGACGUAGGUGACGGCGAAUCGACAGUUGACACUGAAAUGCUGGCUCUGCCAACCGGCGCCAAGUCGGCGAAGCUUGACAAGGCCUUCUUCGCACGUCAAGGAAACUCGGGGCAUAUGAAGAUGCCGUUUAGUCACAAGUAUACUGAGCAAGGAAAGGCGCAGGCAGAGGCUCAAGCUAAGCAUCUUAGUGGGCGCAAGGCUAGAGCUAUGAUUGCAUUAGAGACGGGCGUUGACCCGAAGGAUGUUCAGAUAGGUUCCAGCAAGAAGCACUUCAAAGGCGGAGUAAAGGGGAAGGGGAAGAGGGUUGACAAUAAGAUGUUAGAUCAAGACUGAGGAAGUUGAGGGUAUAUUUUUGCUGGCCGAGGGUAAAGGCAAUAGGACAAUGCUACAGAGGCAUGAAGAUAUAUUUGGGCCAAUGCUGGUGACUAUGCUAUGGACGAGUAUUUCAUUUGUAUGGAGUUCACUAAUACGCCCAUUUCUAAAUGUCGACGGUACCCUCGAGA